AGCGCGGGACGUUCGGUGAGCAUAGUUCUCUUGGCUUCAGCUCAGUUGGUUUGGAAGCAGCGAGCAGCAAAGAAGUGGUUGAAAAGCACGAGAAAGCAUCUCCUUUCUCAUCGUGGUGUGGAAAAUUGGUUUGAAAGGUUGUUUUGUGAGUGAAAGAAACCUAACCAGGAAUCUUCGGCGAUCAUGGCUCUCAGCCGUAUCUACACGUCAAAAUUGGCCAGUGCCAACAAAAACAUUCUCCCUGUGAUCACCACCUACGUGCGCAAUGCCUCUGACAGCACAGAUCUGAAGGCCGUUCUAACCGAGAAGAUUCCGAAAGAGCAGGAGCGCGUCAAGAACUUCCGUAAGCAGCAUGGCAACACCAAAGUGGGCGAAGUUACUGUCGAUAUGAUGUACGGUGGUAUGCGAGGCAUCAAGGGUUUGGUUUGCGAAACGUCGGUACUCGACCCGGAAGAGGGUAUUCGCUUCCGUGGAUUGUCAAUUCCCGAGUGCCAGAAGGUCCUGCCGAAGGCUCCAGGUGGUGCCGAACCCCUUCCUGAAGGUCUGUUCUGGCUGUUGAUCACCGGUGAUGUUCCCACCCAGGCCCAGGUCGAUGCCUUAUCUCGCGAAUGGGCUAACCGCGCCGCUCUGCCAUCGCACGUUGUGACCAUGCUAAACAACAUGCCAACGACGUUGCAUCCCAUGUCGCAGUUGAGCUGCGCCGUGACAGCCCUCAACCACGAAAGCAAGUACGCCAAGGCUUACUCUGAGGGUGUGCACAAGAGCAAGUACUGGGAGUACGUGUACGAGGACAGCAUGGAUCUGAUUGCCAAGCUGCCCGUUGUUGCAGCGACCAUCUACCGUAAUACCUACCGCGACGGCAAGGGAAUCGGUGCUAUCGAUCCCAAGAAGGAUUGGUCUGCCAAUUUCACCAAGAUGUUGGGUUACGAGGAUGAAAAGUUCACUGAACUUAUGCGCCUGUAUCUGACCAUUCACAGUGAUCACGAGGGUGGCAACGUUUCGGCCCACACUGUCCAUUUAGUUGGUUCAGCCCUGAGCGAUCCCUACCUCUCGUUCGCGGCAGGUAUGAAUGGACUGGCUGGUCCACUCCACGGUUUAGCUAACCAGGAAGUAUUAGUGUGGCUGCAGAAACUCCGUAAAGAUUUAGGGGAUAAUGCUAACGAAGAGAAGGUUAAAGACUUCAUUUGGAAGACGUUGAAAUCUGGACAGGUUGUCCCCGGCUAUGGUCACGCUGUCCUGCGUAAAACCGAUCCCCGUUAUACUUGCCAACGCGAGUUUGCUUUGAAGCACCUGCCAAACGACCCGCUGUUCCAGCUGGUUUCUAACAUCUACAAGGUUGUUCCACCAAUCCUGACUGAACUGGGCAAGGUCAAGAACCCAUGGCCCAACGUAGACGCUCAUUCCGGUGUCCUGUUGCAGUACUAUGGUCUGAAGGAAAUGAACUAUUACACCGUGUUGUUCGGCGUUUCCCGUGCUCUUGGUGUUUUGGCCUCGCUGGUUUGGGAUCGCGCCCUUGGACUGCCAAUCGAACGCCCGAAAUCCAUGUCCACUGAUGGACUUAUCAAGGCUACCGGUGCCAAGUAAAUUGGAUGCAAGCCUAUCGAAUGUCAACCACAAACCAAAAAAAAAACUAAACAAAAAAUAAGUGAACUUUUUUCAAAGAUUCCCGAGUAACGUACGAACCAGGGAGCCGCUCAAGCAAAAGCUAUAACAGAGAAAGAUAACCCGUAGCAUCUCGUUCAAGAGACUGUCUUAGAGAGAGUAACAAGUCAAACUUCAAUUUCAGUUCCCCUUCAUUAAUUUUUGCUUAGUCUUAACCUAUCCAAGGGCAAGACAAUACUUUCACACAUAUACAUUUGUAAAAUUGUAUGAUUUUAAUUAAGUGUUAAAAGCAUAAGUAACUUAAUUAGUUUUAGGGAACAAGCUAAAGCUUGCGGGCGCUAACACAGGACGAGGCUCCCUGAUACCAUUCUUACCAGUAAUAUCAACGAAUAAAUGGGAGCCUUUUCGCAAAACUAAAACAUACUUUUAUUUAUUAUCUAUUUAAAAUCAAUUAAUUUAAUUGCUGAUUGUUGGACAGACGCUUGAAUGAUGCGGUUAAAAGAGAAACAAUAAAGAGGAACCAAAACAGAAUAAAUCAGAUGUUAUUCUCUUAUGUAAUCACAUAAAAUAGACCACCAUUCAAUAUAACAACAUUAAUGUGCUACCUCAUAAUCAUCCCGAUUUUGUAAAAAUGAAGAAUUCUUCAACAAUCCAGAUUAAUAAAAUCUGCUUUACAAAUUGAACGUUUGGAAGUGAUUACUCUAUCUCUACAUUUUUGGUUCGUUUGUGUGUUUUCUUACCUCGUAAAUUAAAUUGCGGCAGUUCACUUAUCUGUACAAUGUAAUGUUUGACCCCCGAUAUUAUUAGUGACAAAAAUAAUACAUUUAUUAGAAAGUUGAGGUCGAUCUGAUUCGCAGAAAUAACUGCAAACGAAGCUAUUUGGACUUCGUGUAACCAAGCAAAUUAAGUCAAAACCAAGGAUAAUAAGCUAGCAACUAAGAGAAAGUGCUGUUUUAGCAUUCUAUCAAAAACGUAUUCAAAAAUGUUAGGUAAUCACCAACCUGAUAUAGUGGUUUGCGUAUACUCCUUUUUUUGUGCUAAGCAACUCUAACCUUACUUUCGCUUUUUCGUUAAUAGUAGAAUCAUUGGUAUGCAAGAAAAAGUCAUAGUGUCGUGCUGUAUGUACCUAGGCAAUGUAGCAGGGAAGGGGAGAAAUUAAAUCUUGGACGACCUCCUAAUGGGAGUAAUUCAUUCAAACUCAAA